AUGGAAGGGCGUGAUGUAGUUUCUUGGUGGGUUGUGAUCCUGUCUUGUAAUUACGGCGGUAUUGGAGCUGCUAUGGCGGCAAGGUUUUCCGCUUCAAUGCCUGAAAAUGUUGGUGUCGAUAUGGGGUUGACGGCUGCUGCUCAUGGCGGUGGCGGUGGGAGUGGGAGUGGCUCGGGAUCAGGGUAUGGUGGCGGUAGUGGCGGAGGUGGAGGUGGAGGUGGUGGUGGUGAUGGAGGGGGUAACAUGGAACAAAUGGGUGAUAUAUUGGAUAAUUGCAAGGUUUGUAUGCAAACUUUCAUCUGCACUACUUCGGAGGUGAAAUGCAGAGAACACGCAGAGGCAAAGCAUCCAAUGGCCGACGUCUAUACUUGUUUCCCCCACCUGAAGAAGUGA